AGUGUAGAUAGAGUCCAGAUCUUCUUUCAGGUGUAUUCCUUAUCGGGUAUUACUGACAAGAAGACAUUUUUAUUUAAUUUGUAUUUUGUGUCUUCUGAUCGUUUCCAGGUGGAGGGCAGCAGUCCGGCUCGUACUCGGUUUCCAGACAUUUACCGUGAGUUUGAGUCCCUACAGGCGCAGGUGAGACAGGCGGCUCAGGAUUACAUCAUCAGCCCGCAGGGCGGAGUUAUACCGCUGGAGGUCAGGAACAUCGAGGUUGCCAGGUCUCUGGGAAUCCUGGACGAGGUGAACAGGAUGAAGGUGGUUCCUGGAGCGUCUCCCAGCUCCAGUCUGACCAAUAAGAACGUCCGAUACAUGGAGAAUUCCAAGAUGUUGCCGCCUUCAAAGAGAUUCAAGAUGGAGAACAGUGUUCCAAUUCACCAGAAUGGCAUAGAGACGCACAGAACAGGUGGGACCCCUGUGACCUCUGUGCCCUCCUCUCUGAAGUCCUGCUCGGCCUCCGUCUCUCCUCUGGUGAUUUCAGCUGGAUCCAAACUGCUGACCACCAGUGCCGACCCUGCCUCCAGCUCCUCUGGCUCCAUCUCUGCUAAGACGCCCUCCACCCAGGCUCCGCCCCCUGCCAUGCCCAUGGAGGUGACCCCAGGUGAGGACCAGGGGAUGGGGCCUCUGCAGACUAACGUCCAGGUGAAGUCUUUGCAGACAAACCAGGACCAGGUGUUGAGCAGCAGUGACAUCGCAGCCCAAAUGAACGAGCUGGAGAAAGCUCUGGGUUCAAGUCCCAAGACCAACACAGACUCGAAGAAACCUGAGUCCAGCUCCACCCAGACACCCGAGUCCAGCUCAGUCCAGACAGUGGCUUCCUCUCAGCUCCAGCAGAGGGAUUCCACCCUGUCCGAGUCCGGCUCAGCGGACCCCUGCGAGUCCAAAGAGCUCCAGGAGGGUCAAGAGAUCUACAUCCAGACCGAGGGCCUGACGGUCCAGAUGGCAGAGCCCGGUGUAGACCGGAUUGUGAUUGUCAACGGGCCGGACGGCACCACCAUGCACAUCCAGACACCAGAGGGGGUCCCAUUGGAGGCGGUCCAGGCCCUGCUGGGCAUCGAGGCUUCAGACGGAGCCAAAGCUCCUCAGUGAACCCUGAACCGAAUCUCGACUGAGCAAGACCAGAAUCUGACCUGAACCACAUCAGGAUGACAGGGAGUGACUGGAUUUUUUUAGGUGGUAUUUAUAAAAGGUGUACAAAGUACAAACUUGAUAUUAUAACUGUGGGUGUAAUGAACACAGCAGCCUGAAGGGGGCACUAACAGACCACAGACUACUGAUUUGGGGUUUCAGGGGUUUCUGUGAGCUCCACCCUGUUGAAUAUGUUUCAGUUUAACACCUGAGUACUAACAGGACAAACUGUUCCUCCAAUCUCACACCUGGGUCGUUCCAGUCAAACUCCGUUGACGCGAUGUCUCGAUCCUUCAUCAGAACGAACUUUGCGUUUGAGAAACAAGUUGAAACCAAUUUUGAUUUUAUUUUGUGGUCAUAUCUAAUAUUUACAGAUAUCCUGACCGUGGGUCAACAGAUUCAACAUCUAAACAUGAGCGACAUUAUUUAAUCGAAAGAUGAGAGAAUCAGUUUCCACUCAGCAACGAUUAACGAGCAGACGUAUCUAUCGCUUCAGUUCAGUUCCUUUAUUGACUGGUUCGUUCAGUUCUCAGCUGAUAUGUCGGCAGCGGCUCCUCAGGAGGAGUCUGGUCUUCCUGCUGCUUUUUUAAUGAAUCUUAAGUGAUUGUAAAUUUGUAA